AUGGACCUGUGUUCGGCUCCGGUGGUGCAUAUGGACGGAACUUUUCGUGUCGUGCCGAAGCUGUUCCUCCAACUUUAUAGUCUUCACGCCUUCUACAGAGGGGAAAUUAUCCCCAUGGCAUUCUUCUUACUUCCAAAUAAGCAGAUGGAAACCUAUGGGAGAAUGUUCUCCCUGCUCAAGAAUUACGCUCAUACGAUCGGGGUGACAUUCAAUCCACCUGGGUUCCAACUCGACUUCGAGGUCGCUACAUUCAAAUCCAUAGAGGAGUCCUUCCCGCUGGCCACCGUCAGAGGCUGCAGUUUACAUUUCGCGCAGUGUCUCUGGCGCAAAGUCCAGGACCUGGCACUGAAACAUUACUACAAGGAUCCUAAUGUGAAGAGACUCAUGAGGUCUGUCGGCGCCCUCGCCCUGGUACCUUUGUCCCACGUCGAUGACGCUUGGCUUGACAUCGAAGCCGAAGCCCCAUCCUCGGACCAUCCAGCGCAUGUAGCCGUAGAGUCAUUCAAGGAGUACGUCAUCGGCACAUGGCUAGAGAACGCGGCCGUUUUUCCACGCAGUCUGUGUAAUCAUUUUCGCAACUUCGGAGCCAGGACUACCAAUCAUCUAGAGGGUUGGCACCAAGGCUUAAACCGGGGUAUCGGUCGAUCGCACGUUAACAUAUUCGAGAUGAUCGCCUACCUCCAGAAACUCGAACGCUGGAUCCAAAACUCGGAUGCUCCGCCUUAG